AUGUUUCUAGGAUGCAACAAAUACGACCCUACCAUAAGCCAUGAGCUGAACAUGCGCCGACGAGAUGAAUCUCAACGGCAAUUCUACGAAGCGACCGUCAAAGAGGAUUUUAACAAUCGCUGUCUAGCAGAGUUUGAACACCGCUCAAUUAUUAAGGGCAAGAUAGCGUAUGUGAAUAUGCGUAUGGCAGACCUUAUACAGAAGAACAAAAUGGCUAUCGAGGGGCGUCGUGCAGCCCUUAAGAAACUUUACGACGCAGAAUUUCGUGCCUAUCAGGAUGCUGUAAAGGCCUCUAUUCCAACAGAAGAAGAUAAAAUACGGGCUAUGGAAGCAGAAUAUGCGUCCGUCAUUCAGAGAAAUACUGCUGUGAAGAAUCAAAGAGUUGACGUGGCUCGCGAGAGGCAAUGGGAGAUCAAUUGUGAUGAGCUCCGAUCAGCAGCCUCUAUGCUAAAUGCCCGUGCUUGCAAGCUAGCAUGGGACGUUGCGAACUGCGAACGUGUGCAGAAGCGCCAGCGUGACCGAGAAGAGAAAGCUGCAUGGCAAAAACAGGUGAAUGACAACCAUGCUAAUUUCCUCAAGGAUGAGGAAAGCAGGAUCGCUGGCGAACACGAGCGCAUGAUGAAGAACAGACAAGAGCUAGAGCAGCAGUUGACAGAACGGGAGAGACAGAAGGCAGAGGAAGCGUAUCAACGGGCUCUUGAAAAUGAGAAGUGGAACGAAAACCGCAGACUUGGGGACGAGAUAGACAAGCUUGAGCGCGAAAAACAGGAGCAGGAGAAGUUCUAUAAUCAGCAACAGCUCCUAAUGCGUAUGCACAUCGAAAACCUCCAACGUGCGCACAACAAAGAAGUGAGUAGAAAUGAUGGAAAAGAGAUGAUGGCUAAAAUAGAGGCCGAGAUACGUGAGGAAGCUGAACGAGACCGCAAAAAUAAGGAAAACCUUAGAAAUGAGCAACUCCUCUACUUAGAAAUCUUGAGAGCCAGAAAGGAAAAGGCCUUAAUGGAAUCCAAAGCCAGGGAUGACUACUUAAUGGGCUUAAUGCUCGAUGCAGAAAAGAGACUGUCUCAGCGGGAGCACGACGAUUUGCAGCGCCGUAAGCGCAUGGCAGAAGAUUGUAAGGACUUCAAUUAUAGCCGCAUGAACUCUGGGGCAGAGGUGAAGGAGGCAGCGAAGCGUGAAAAGGAAGCUGAGCUGGCUGCUGCAUUGGCUGACUUGGAGGCCUUUGAAAAAGAAAAGCUGGAAGAGCUAAAGAAGCAAUAUGACGAGGCAAAGCGCUUUGAAGAGUUUCUGCUGAUGCAGUCAGACGAACACAAACAGCGGAUCCAGGCAGAAAAGGAUGCAGAAGCUAAAUAUCAACAAAGAAAGAAGGAUGAAGCUGCUGCAGACAUGCAGAGAAUUAAUGCAAGACUAGGGUCACUAGAAUCAAAGAUAAGAGAAGUCAAUGAGGUCCAAUUCUGGGACAAUGAACGCCCAAGGCCAAAGAAACAGUGGUACAACGUGUGA